CCUUUUUUCUGUCAUAGAUAGAUGGUUGAAGACUCUGGCAUCAGAUGUAGUUUGAUCCUUCUUCAAAUCAUGACUCUUUUUUAAGAAUGUCUCUCAGUUGGAGAGACUCAACCUAGGCUCAGGUGAUGAAGAAGCAUUCCAUGAAAUUAUAUUCAUCAGCUAGUUGCAUUUCACCUGGAGCAAUCCCAACUUGUGGGAUCCAGUACUGCUUAGCUUUGUUGAUAUGCCUGUUCUCAGCCCAUGGAGUGAAUUGCCAGAAUGCAAACCUAAACCCUGGAAAUGGUUAUGCUGCUCCUGUGGAUCAUGCAUUCGUGUUCCAUCAGGAAGGAGUCAUGCAACAUGAGGAGGUGUUAUUGCCUCCUCUUUCCAUAUGGACCCUUCACAUGGAAAACCUACCUCCAAGCAUUGGUUUCAUCAUCUUCCAGGCCCAUGCACAAUUUCUCAAUCUCACCUUCUCUGAGCAAAUAGUCCCAAAUGUCCGCAACUCAGUAAAUGGAACCAACGUUGGAUCAGUGACAAAAUUGACGAACUCACAGACUGUUUCAAAUUCUGUCUAUGUGAUCAAUCCUCAUAAUGCAACACUGAGAACACUUCUUGUUGCUGUGGCUCAUUCUAACACAAGUCCAAUCCCUGGUGGGUGCAACAAUGAAUUUUCACUGGAAAAUUCCCCAUUCCUUCUCCUGUCUUCUUCUGAUAGCUUGGUUCGCAUUAGGUAUCAGGGUGCCUCUUGGGCCCCUAUGAAAUGUGAUACCCUAUCCACUAAUUUAGUCCUUCAGUAUGAACUCUUCUACUUGGACCUCACACAAAUGGAUCAUUCAUCUCAGGCAUAUUUUGAUUCUCUCAAGUCUUUCAGGAGUGUGGCUGAUAUCAGGAAGAACUUAAAACAAGUGAAUGUUCUCACACAUGGUCGUAAGGUGCUCAUAAAUGCCUUCCCUGGCAAUGGAAUGCUAUAUGUGAUUGUGGUCUCCCCGAAGACCAAUCUUUCAGCUGGAUCAGCAUAUGUACCUGCUCUUACUUACUCUUGUCAUCCACAUCUGAAUAAUGCCAUUGACUGUCGUGGUGUCUGGACAUGGUUUGGGUGGUUACUUUGUGGAUGUGCCUUCUUCCUUGGUUUGUUCAUGAGUUUUCAAGGUCACCGGUUCUUCCAAGUUCAGCUGUUCCUAAUGGGCUUUUGCUUCUUUGGUUUUGUCUGUUUUUGCCUGUUUGGUCGCUUUGCAACCAUGGAGGAUUCAGCUGUUACAGCUGUUUGCAUGGUUGUGGGCCUCAUUGGAGGAGUCAUAUGGUUGGUCAUAUGGCGGACCAUUGGAAUACCCAUUAUAUCAAUUUUGGUAUCUGGACUAGUCCUUGGUAUCUUACUUACUGCUGUUGUCUUCUCAUCUCCCCUGAUAUUCCUGGAGGCCUUCAGAUCAGAUGUGAAUUUCUGGUGUUUCUUUACUUGUGGGGCCAUCAUUGUUCCCAUCAUCCUUCUGUCUUUUGGCCGAACGCUUAGCAUCCUUAGCACUGCAGUGGUUGGAAUGUUUGGAAUGUUGGUGGCCAUUGACCGCUAUGUUGGGGCCAAUCUGACUUAUGUUGUCAUGAAUGUGGCUCACCGGGCUGUGAUCCCAGAAUUCUCUGAAGCUGUAGUGAUCUGGCCACUCCAGUUUCCUGAUGUGGGUCUCAUAUUCGCAUGGUUCCUGGGUUCAGUCUUGGGUGUGAGCACUCAGUUUUUCUGGGAGAGGAAUCGCUCCCCAUAUCCACCUCCUCCAGGAAGGCGGAAGCUCCCUUCAGCUCCCCCCCUGAGCUCCGUGGCAGCUGAAACUGCUCCGCUGUUGAAUGAUCAGCUCUUGUUCCCAGACUAUCAAAGCACAAGACGCAGUGGAGUACGUCGAUCCACCAGGACUCUUCCAGGGCUGGAAGCCCUUCCAGAGUCUCCGUCAAAUAGUUUAAUGGUUCCAGAAUAACUUAACACGCGUUGUCUGUUUUGUUUUCUAGUCAGAUUUUUUUUUUAUCAGAUCAUAUUUUUAUUCAGAUUCGUACCACUCCCUUGAAAUCUAUCUAUCUUGUGCUCAAAAGCGGUGAAAGUAGAUGGCUUUGUUAACAUAAAAGGAGGAAUUGAUUGC